AUGUUCACUUGCACCAAAGGCGAGCCAAGAAUUACACCAACCAAGUACAUGGCAUCUCCCUUGCUCCGCAUCAGCCACGAAAGUCGUAAUUGCACACUUCAAUAUUACAACACAGAAUCGUUCACAAAGCUAGUAAUUUUUGAUACCUGGAAAACCAAACGGGUCGACGAGAAGGUGAUGACAGAGACUGCCGGAAUUAUCUACGUCAACUUUCGUCAAGACUUGAUGGUCAUCGCAGACGGUCCAUUUGGAAAGACCACCUGGCUCGCGAAAAGUAUGCGCGAUGAUAAGUUCGGGGGCUCAUACUAUCGCUACUACGCAGAGCUCUACCAAAAUUUGCGCGAGCAAGUACGCCGCGUAGCUAUUUACUUGCCCCAAGUCGAUACCAGUCGUCAAGUAGGGGUUUUAUUACCCCUGAUCCAACAAUCACGGAAUAAUCCCCAAGAAGAGUUGCGACGCCCACAAGGACUCUUCCCAAAUGUGACAGAAACUUUGCGUUUCAUACCCCCAAAGAUCAGGAAGCAAAAACAUGGACCAACUCAGUUCAACAAUGGCGAGGCUACACAUGGGCAACAUGGCUAUCGCUCGUACUGCUAG